AGUAGGUAUGUAUAUACGGAAUACAGUACGUUGGAGUGCGUAGGGAUAUCUCUCAACUAAUUUAGUUUGAUGUGGCAUGGAAUAAAAUUUAUAGUCUCCAACAAUAGUUCUCUCGUUCUUCUGUUUUCUCUAACUAGUUACUCCAUAGCACUUAGUAAUCAAUUUGGUUUUUGUUUACUGAUUGUCCCGUCCGUCCAUCAUUUGCAAACUCAUUUAAAAAAAACUCAUUCAGGAACAAUACAGUUCUACUUCUCUAAUCCACAUAUGGCUCAAUAUCAUUUGGGAGAUAUAGGUUUCCACAUUUAUAAAUAUCGCUACUACGUAAUUGUCUUUCCGUAGGGAUAAUUUGUCCGAUAUGAUAGUAGUACCCACAACUCAAGGUUAUGAUAGGUACUCCGUGUUAUUCUUUCUAUUCUUUUUUUUUUUUUUUUUUUUU